AUGAAAGACCCUGCAAAGCGCGCGGCCCAGAAGACGCAUAUGUGCCCAGACUGUGGGAAAUCCUUCAGCAAGAAGGGAAAUCUGAAGAGACACCAGAGGAUCCACACAGCAGAGGAGCUCUACCCGUGCGGUGAGUGUGGGAGGCGCUUCACCACGAGGGGACACCUUACCACCCACCAGAGCAUCCACACCGGAGAGAGGCCUUUCCAGUGUGACGAGUGCGGACGGUGCUUCCGGCUGGAGAUAUGCCUGGCUGCUCACCAGAAGACACACACCAAAGGCGGGCCGUAUAUCUGUGUCCACUGUGGGAAGAGCCUGAGCACACGCAUCUACUUCAGCAUCCACAUGAGAACCCACAAGGAAAAGCGGCCGUACGCCUGCACCGAGUGCGGGAAGAGCUUUGUGAAGAAGGGGACGCUGACGGCACACAAGGAGAUACACAAACGGGAUAAGCCUUUCAAGUGCUCCGACUGCAGCCGGUGCUUUGGCCAGAGCGCAACACUGGUGGCUCACCAGAAAAUCCACCUCCGCGGGGGGCCAUUCAUAUGCACCGAGUGCGGGAAAAGCUUGAGCACCAAGAGGUAUUUUAACGUCCACCAGAGGAACCACGCAAAGCAGAGGCUACAGGAAGCCACUGGACAUGUAAAUGGCGUGCCUCUCCGGGUCAUCCAGAUUAAAGAGGAACCGGACGUGACCUUCAAGCAGGAGGAUAGCUUUAGCCUGGGGAAGAACGUUACAAUACCAGGAGCUCACUCAGAGGACGGACCCCAGGAAGGUCCUGAUUGUGGAACCCAAUCCAGCCCAAAGAUCCUUGUUAGCACUCCGUGGGGAAUCCAGACUAAGGAGGAACCAGACACAUACCCCGAACACGAGAGAAAUAUCAUUACAGUAGCCCACCAGAACUCUUACAUUAAGGAGGAACCACAAGCCAGCCCCGACUAUGACAACCAAUUCAAUCCAAAGAUGCCUCUCUUUCCUCCAUGGGGAAUCCAGGCUACAAAGGAAGCUGGGGUGGACAACGAACACCAGAGGGAUGUCACUAUGAUCGGCAGUCUUGCGGCAUGCCAGAAACCCCGCAUCAAGGAAGAACCACAGGAGAGUACCGACCGUGGAAGCAACUUCAGUCAAAAGACAUCUCUUGGCACCAUCCAGAGGAUCCAGAUUAAAGAGGGAGCCGGGGCAGAUGGCGAACAUGGGGAAAGCUGCAGCCCAAAGAAAAAACACAGAAAACGCCAGAGAACCAGCGAAGAGGGGACUUCUGGUGCAUGUACCGAGAGCCGGGCAAACACAAAAUGCAAGAAAAAUCCCUUGACGAAGGACGGUCCCAAAGCGGAGAGGAUAUUUCCGUGUCCCGAGUGUGGGAAAAGCUUCAACCAGAAGUCGAAUCUUACUAGGCACCGGAAGAUCCACACCAGUGAGGGGCCUUAUAAGUGCAACGAGUGCGGGGAGAGUUUCCGGAUGAACAGGAAGCUCAUCAGGCAUCAGAGGAUCCACAUGAGCGAGCCCUUUAAAUGCACCGAGUGUGGGAAAAGCUUCACCCAGCGGUCAAACCUCGUGAGGCACCAGCGGAUCCACACCAGGGAGGAGCCGUACAAAUGUCCCGAAUGCGAGAAGACCUUCAAUCAGAAGGCCAACCUCUUCAGGCACCAGACGAUCCACAUCAGGAUGGGACCGUGCAAAUGCACCAAGUGUGGGAAAUGCUUCACUCAGAAGAAAAACCUUAUUAGACACCAGACACUGCACUCCAGGGGCGGGGCUUAUAAAUGCACGGUGUGUGGGAAACGGUACAGGCUGAAAAAAUAUCUGAGGAGGCACCAGAAAAUCCAUAUGAGGGAGGGACCCACCGGGCGUGCAAAACGGGGGGGAAAGCUGGGGGCACCGGCGAGCAUUAGCAACCACCCCCAGACCCACCCAGAACAAAGAGCGCUCCCGGCUGUGAAAAGUGAGGAGAGCAAUCUCUAG